AUGGUUACAACUCUAAUUGAACAAGUGGCUAAGCAUCUUCAACACCACAGUGAUCCUUAUUCUCUUAGAUUUCUAACAUUAGAAGAGAGUUGGGAAUUAUUGCACAAGAAAGUAUUUCAAGGAGAGAGUUGUCCACCCAAUCUAUUGGAAGCAGGGUUACAAGUUUCGGAACAUUGUAAAGGAUUGCCUCUUGUAAUCGUCUUGAUUGCCGGGAUUAUAGUGAAGAUGGAAAGGCAGGCAUCCUUUUGGCUUGAGGUUGCAAAUGACUUAAGUUCUCAUGCUUUAGAUGAGCAGAGCAUGAAGGUAAGACAAUCAAGUUAUGAGCAUUUAGAUGACCACUUAAAACCUUGCCUUCUUUACAUGGGCUUGUUUCCAGAAGACUAUAAGAUUCCAGUAUCUGCUUUGCUGAAGUUGUGGAUGGCCGAAGAGUUUGUAGUGAAUGUUGACACAGAGAAUUAUAUGGAAGAAGCAGGUAGAGUUUGCUUGAAUGAUCUGCUUAACAGAAGCCUAAUUAUUGUGAAUAUAAGAAAUUUUUUCUUGUUAUUGGAAAACGAGGAAGAAGAAUCUUCAGAAACUUUGCUGGAGAACCUGAAAACAUUUCGCAAUCUUCGUGUGUACGUGAAUGGUAGAAAUCCAAGGUUGUGGUGGAGGUUUCCGAAUCUUGAAGAGCUAGGUCUCAGCCUUGGAAGUUUACCUAGUCGUUCUUUGUUUCCCAUAUCGGAAGUUCAUACUCGCCUUCAAUCUCUCGACCUUGAAUGCCCACAUUGGACUUAUCGCUACUCGUAUUCAGUUGGAUGGGAGAGCUACUUUGUCUUCCCUUCAAAUCUUAGGAAUUUAUGGCUUCGCAACUUUUCAAUAAUGAAAGAAUUAACUUCAAACAUAGCAAGACUGCAGAAGCUUGAGAGUCUCAAAAUAAUCAGAGGACUACUUUUGGGUAAAGAGUGUUGGGACGUUAGAGAAGUGGAGUUCCAGGCACUCAAAUACUUGACAUUAGAGUGGAUUGAUCUAAGGGAAUGGAAAGCUUCAGAGGAAUCCUUUCCCGUACUUGACAAGCUAUUUAUAAAAGGUUGUUACUAUUUUAAGGAGAUCCUUCCUUGUUUUGUGGAUAUUCCAACACUGCAACUUAUUGAAUUAGUAGAUUGCAGAGUUUCUGUUAAGGAUUCAGCUAUGAAUAUUAAAAGAGAAAUUGAAGAAACCACUGGAUGUGACACUCUCCAACUUAUGAUCUAA